UCGUGUCUCCUAUAACAUAGAAAAAACUAGGAGUCACUUCCUCCUAGGUUACCUCUUUAGCACAAAAUAACUCUUAUCUCUCUUCUCCCAAACGGUAAUCUCUCCCCUUCUGUCACCUCCCCCUUUCAAGGGUCAUCCCUAUUUCCACUGGUAAAAGCCUUUUUUGUUACAUGACCCUCUGUUUAUAACCCAUAUGGCCACUGCUGUUUCUAGCUUCUGAGUUUACAUUAUUAUCAGGAUUAUUAUUUAUAACCAAAGAAAGGUAUCUAUUAUACCUUUAAUAAUUUGCAAUGUAUGUGAGGAGAAUAAGAAGCAACAACCAAAGAUGGAAUCUUGCAUUUCAGCAUUUCAACCACUAUGUUAGUUCUGGCUACAGAACUUACUCCCCUACACAAACCUCAAGCGUUACCCAUAUACCUUCAGACUGCAUUUCUCUAGGGAGUGUGAUAGGACGAGCUUUGUUAGAUACAUCUAAGUCAAUACAGACUGCUUCUCAACGAGGGAAUAUAAGAUUGUUGAGGAGUUCACCUGCAACACAUUUAAGGUAUUUUAGUUCUAAAGGUGAUGGUAGGGAUGCGAGUGAGGAUAAACAUGUACACACGAGAGAUAGUGGGAGCUCUGAUAAAGGAACAGUUCGGCAGGAAAAAGGCGGUGAAGAUGUGAGACAUUGUGAUGCACAUGCUCAGCUUGGUGAUCAAGAGCAGAAGGAGUGGCUCCGGAAUGAAAAGCUGUCGAUCGAGAGUAAGAAGAAAGAAUCGCCUUUCCUAAGUAGACGAGAAAGAUUUAAAAACGAGUUCUCAAGGAGGGUUGUUCCGUGGGAGAAAAUAGCUCUAUCAUGGGAUACAUUUCCUUAUUAUAUCCACGAACAUACAAAGAACGUUUUGGUGGAGUGUGUUGCUUCCCAUUUAAAGCAUAAGAAGGUUACUGUGGCUUAUGGUGGCCGCUUGAGUUCUUCAAGUGGGAGAAUCCUGCUUCAAAGUAUACCAGGGACUGAGCUUUAUCGAGAAAGACUUGUUCGAACCCUUGCUCGAGAUUUAAAAGUACCAUUGCUGGUGCUUGAUAGCAGCAUUCUAGCUCCAUAUGAUUUUGGUGAAGAUUGCUCAUCUGAAAGCGAAUCAGAUGUAGAAUCAGGUGAAGAGUGUACGUCGGAUUCUGAAAUGGAAGACGCAAAUGAUGCAAGUAAUGAGGAAGAAUGGACAAGCAGUGCUGAGACAAAGUCAGAAGCUAGUGAGGAAGACGUUGAUGUCGAGGCAUCUGUGGAAGCAUUAGAAAAACUUAUUCCAUUCAGCCUUGAAGACUUUGAGAAGAGAGUGUCUGGAGAACUUGAAAGUUCCUCAGAAUCAACCUCGGAGUCUGUUGAUCAAUCAGAGAAAACUCAACGGCCCUUCAGAAAAGGGGAUCGAGUAAAAUAUACUGGACCUUCUGGUGUUGUUAAAGCCGAUAACAGGAUUUUAUUGGGGAGGAUACCUACUUCUGGUGGUCCAACAAAUGCUUACACUGUUAUUCAUGGAAGGUCCAUGUCCAGUGGUCAACGUGGUGAGGUGUAUGAGGUGAAUGGUGAUCAGAUUGCUGUAAUUUUUGAUGCUAGUGAAAAGCAAACAACGGAAGAAGAGAAAGACGAGAAACCCAAAUCACAAGAUGUGAAACCAUCAAUAUACUGGAUUCCUGUAGGGUUCGCUCCGCAGCAUGAAAAGGUCGAGAUGCAAUGUCGAUCACAUUUGAUGGAGCCAUUCGCCCAGAGCAAAGCUUGAAGUAAGGGUACCAUGGUCAUGGCAAGAUCAAGCAUGGAAGAAGAAGUGCAUUAUCCUUUGACACUACAUUUUAAUACAGGUUCCUAGGAAGACAAGCAUGCGGCAGAUACAAGAGUGAAUUUCAGAUG